AGUCACAAUGUGAGCUCCGAGGGUGGAGGGCGGGGGAAGAGGGGAGCGGGAGCGAGAGGAAGGCGAUCGGGCCCGGUGAGGCCCGGGAGGAAAAGGAGGAGGAGGUAGCCCGGCGGGACGGCCAGGGUAGUGGCGGUGACGGCAGUUGGGGCAGGGGAGGGGCAGGAGGAGGACAGCGCCAUUCCGGACCCGGCCACUCCCUCCUUUUAGUCCGUCAGCCCCGCGGUUCACUCCCUCCCUCUCCGUCUCCCGGAGCUCAGCUCAGCCCAGUGAGUGACGGGCUUCCGCUUUGCCGCCGCCCGCCCGUCCGCCGCGGUCUCUUCGGCUUCGGAGUUCCUGCUCGCCCUCUCUCUCUCUCUUUCCCUUCCACCUUCCCUUUCUCUCCCAUGGCCCCGGCUCGUUGCGGCGCCCUGGGCAUGCUGCGCUGAGUCCGGGACCGCCCUUCUGCCCCCUCCUUCCCCCCGCCCCGGCUCUUCCUCCCUCCCUGACCCCGGGCGCCUGGAGCCGCUUUCAUCCCCUGCCCGCAAUCCUCACCCGGAGCCCGGCCGAGCUGUCCUGGGGGGAGGGGGGGAAGGGAGGAGAGAAGUAAGGAGACACCGAGAGCCUGCGAGCGAGAGCCGGGGAGCCGCGGGAGGAAGGAGAACGAGGAGUAGGAGGGGGAGCAGCCGCAGCAGCCGCGGGGGCCAUGACCGUGGAGCAGAAUGUGCUGCAGCAGAGCACCUCCCAGAAGCACCAGCAAACGUUUUUGAAUCAGCUGAGAGAAAUCACGGGCAUCAAUGAUACACAGAUACUACAGCAAGCCUUGAAGGAUAGCAAUGGAAACUUGGAAUUAGCUGUGGCUUUCCUUACUGCAAAGAAUGCCAAGACCCCUCAGCAAGAGGAAACAGCUUACUAUCAAACAGCCCUUCCUGGCAAUGACAGAUACAUCAGUGUGGGAAGCCAGGCAGAUACAAAUGUGAUUGAUCUCACUGGAGAUGAUAAAGAUGAUCUUCAGAGAGCAAUUGCCUUGAGUUUGGAAGAAUCAAACAGGGCAUUCAGGGAGACUGGAAUAACUGAUGAGGAGCAAGCUAUUAGCAGAGUCCUUGAAGCCAGCAUAGCAGAAAAUAAAGCAAGUUUGAAGAGGACACAUACAGAAGUAUGGAGUGAUUCUCCAAACCCUUAUGAUAGAAAAAGACAGGAGAAUUGUCCAGUUGGGCUAAAGAAUGUUGGAAAUACUUGCUGGUUUAGUGCUGUUAUUCAGUCAUUAUUUAAUCUUCUGGAAUUUCGAAGAUUAGUACUAAAUUACAGUCCUCCUGCAAGUGCUCAAGAUUUACCCCGAAACCAAAAGGAACAUCGGAAUUUGCCUUUUAUGCGUGAGCUGCGGCAUCUGUUUGCACUUCUUGUUGGUUCUAAAAGAAAAUAUGUUGAUCCUUCAAGAGCAGUUGAUAUUCUUAAAGAUGCUUUCAAAUCGAAUGGCUCACAACAGCAAGAUGUGAGUGAGUUCACACACAAAUUAUUAGAUUGGUUAGAAGAUGCCUUCCAAAUGAAAGCUGAAGAAGAAAGGGAUGGAGAGAAACCAAAGAACCCAAUGCUAGAAUUGUUCUAUGGAAGGUUCCUAGCAGUGGGAGUGCUUGAAGGUAAAAAAUUUGAAAAUACAGAAAUGUUUGGUCAGUAUCCACUUCAAGUCAAUGGUUUCAAAGAUUUGCAUGAAUGCCUAGAAGCUGCCAUGAUUGAAGGAGAGAUUGAGUCAUUGCAUUCGGAGAACUCAGGAAAAUCUGGCCAAGAGCAUUGGUUCACAGAACUUCCACCUGUAUUAACAUUUGAACUGUCAAGAUUUGAAUUUAAUCAGGCUUUGGGAAGACCAGAGAAAAUUCACAACAAAUUAGAAUUUCCUCAAGUUUUAUAUCUGGACAGAUAUAUGCACAAAAACAGAGAAAUAACAAGAAUUAAACGAGAUGAGAUCAAGAGGCUAAAAGAGUACCUUACAGUAUUACAACAAAGAUUAGAAAGAUAUUUAAGCUAUGGUUCUGGCCCUAAACGGUUCCCCUUGGUAGAUGUUCUACAGUAUGCACUGGAGUUUGCCUCAAGUAAACCUGUUUGCACUUCUCCUGUUGAUGAUAUUGAUGCUAGUUCCCCACCUAGUGGUUCCAUACCAUCACAGACAUUACCAAGCACAGCAGAGCAGCAACAGGGAACUCCUUCAGAACUACCAAGCACAUCACCUACACCAAGGUCAUUUAUACAUAAGCCAUUUACACAGUCACGAAUACCUCCAGAUUUGCCCAUGCAUCCAGCACCAAGACACAUAACAGAAGAAGAACUUUCUGUACUAGAAGGCUGUUUACAUCGCUGGAGGACUGAAGUAGAAAAUGACACUAGAGAUUUACAAGAAAGUAUAUCUAGAAUUCAUCGUACAAUUGAACAAAUGUACUCUGACAAGUCAAUGGUACAAGUUCCUUAUCGCUUACAUGCUGUCUUAGUUCAUGAAGGCCAAGCUAAUGCAGGACACUAUUGGGCAUAUAUUUUUGAUCAUCACCAAGAAAGAUGGAUGAAAUAUAAUGACAUUUCUGUGACAAAAUCAACGUGGGAAGAGCUAGAACGGGACUCUUUUGGUGGCUACAGAAAUGCCAGUGCAUACUGUUUAAUGUACAUUAAUGAUAAGGAACAAUUCUUAAUAAAAGAAGACUUUCAUAAGGAAACUGGACAGAAACUUGUUGGAAUGGAAACAUUACCUACUGAUUUAAGGGACUUUGUCAAAGAAGAUAAUCAGAGAUUUGAAAAAGAGCUAGAGGAGUGGGAUCUACAGCUUGCCCAAAAAGCUCAGCAGGAAAAGAUUUUAGCAUCCCAGAAAAUGAGAGAGCCAACACCUUCUGUCAUGACAGCACAAGCAGAAGAACCUGAAUACCUAGAGCAGCCAUCAAGAAGUGAUCUUGCCAAGUAUUUGAAAGAAGAAACAAUGCAAGCAAUUACCAAGGCAUCAUCAGAAUAUGAAGAUAAAAAUCCUGAAACUGUUUUACAGCUGACCCCUGAAAAAGCCAUCAGUCAACCACCUUCUAACCAGGAAGUUGUACAGGUGGCGGUUCCUCAUGUAGGGACAUUUAUGCUUGAGUCAGUCAAGGGGGGUUAUGAUGAUGAGAUCAUGAUGACACCGAACAUGCAAGGUAUUAUCAUGGCUAUAGGUAAAUCCAGGAGUGUAUAUGACAGGUGUGGUCCUGAAGCAGGGUUCUUUAAGGCAAUCAAAUUGGAGUAUGCAAGGUUGGUAAAGCUGGCGCAAGAAGAUACUCCACCAGAAACAGACUAUCGAUUGCACCAUGCGAUUGUCUAUUUUAUCCAGAACCAGUCACCAAAGAAAAUAAUUGAGAGGACAUUGUUGGAACAGUUUGGAAAUCGCAAUUUGAGUUUUGAUGAAAGGUGUCGAAACAUAAUGAAAAUUGCUCAAGCUAAACUUGAAAUGAUAAAACCAGAAGAAGUAAACAUGGAAGAAUAUGAGAAGUGGCACCAGGAUUAUAGGAACUUCAGAGAUACAACAAUGUAUCUCGUGAUAGGCCUAGAAUAUUUUCAAAAAAAGAGUUACAUAGAAGCCAUACUGUAUCUUAUCUGUGCUUAUCAGAAUAACAAGGAGCUCUUGUCUAAGGGCCCAUAUCGAGGACAUGAUGAAGAAUUGAUAUCACAUUACAGAAGAGAAUGUUUACUAAAAUUAAAUGAGCAUGCAGCAGAACUAUUUGAAUCUGGAGAUGACCAAGAAGUAAACAGUGGAUUGUUUAUUAUGAAUGAGUUUAUUGUCCCAAGUUUGCCAUUGUUACUGGUGGAUGAAAUGGAAGAGAAAGAUAUAAUUGCUGUAGAAGAUAUGAGAAAUCGCUGGUGUUCAUAUCUUGGACAAGAAAUGGAACCCAACCUUCAAGAAAAGCUGACUGACUUCCUGCCAAAAUUGCUUGAUUGUUCUACAGAGAUCAAAGGUUUCAAUGAGCUGCCAAAAUUACCUUCAUAUUACACACAUGAACUGUGUGAACGAUUUGCCCGAAUCAUGUUGUCCCUCAGUCGAACUCCAGCUGAUGGAAGAUAAACUAUACAAACUUUCUUAAGCACAUUGUAUAAACUUUUUAGUUCUUAACCCUUGCCUUCCUGUCACAAGGUUUGCUUGUUGCUGCUAUAGUUUUUAACUUUUUUAUUUUAAUAAUUGCAAAAAACAAAAUGACUGUACAGACUUUAGCAAGACUGCAAACAAUAAAGCUGAGAAUCGCAUGGCGCUCAGUCUUUGUUUUAA